AUGACCUUUGAAUACCACCGUCGCCGAUAUGUGUAUGAUACGACUCACAAUGUAUGGUCCAAGAUUCGUUGUAAAGUCGACUUUGAUGUAAGCGUCCUAGAAUCAUGGAAAGGCUUUACAACUCCUCAUCGUCUAGUGACCGGCCAAAUUCGCUACGGACCGAACUUAUUUCAAGUCAAACAACCCAAUUUCUUGGAUCUCUACAAAGCGCAAUUACUGAACCCCUUUUCCGUCUUUCAAAUCUUUUGCGUUCUACUCUGGGCUAUUGAUGAUUAUUUGAUUUAUUCCUUCUUCUCACUUUUCAUGGUCCUGAUGUUCGAAGGUACAGUGGUAUUUCAACGUCUCAAGUCUAUGCAAAUGUUGCAAGGUAUGGGCAAUCCGUCGAGACUCAUAUACGUUUUUAGAAGUGGCCGGUGGACACAGGUUGAUUCGAGUGGAUUGCUGCCGGGUGACAUAAUGAGUCUGACCCGACGUCCACCGACGGUCAUUGAAGAUGAUGGAGGAGAUGUUGUACCGGCAGAUCUACUCUUGCUGCGCGGCUCCACCGUCGUGAACGAAGCCUCUUUAACAGGCGAAUCUGUUCCACAAAUGAAGGAAGGAAUGGUUGAGCUAGAGGCCAACGAACACCUUAGUAUGAAGAAUAAGCACAAGAUGAAUGUGGCCUAUGCCGGUACCAAAAUGUUGUUGUGCCAGGGUGUGCCUCUGGACGACACUACAUCGGAUGUCUACAGACACUAUUCUCAAAUUCCGAGUCCACCUGAUCAAGGGUGUGUUUGUUUUGUUCUUCGGACAGGAUUUGCCUCGGCUCAAGGCAAACUGGUCCGGAUGAUCGAAGGGUCACAGGAAAAAGUCAAAGGCCACGAACGAGAAACAGGCUUACUUCUGUUGCUCUUAUGCGUUUUUGCCGUGGCUAGUUCAGCGUACGUUCUGUACCACGGCGUGCAAGAUGAGAAUCGCAGCAAGUACGAAUUACUCUUGCAUUGUAUUCUGAUCAUUACGAGUGUUAUUCGACCCGAACUACCCAUGCAGAUGGCCAUGGCUGUCAACAACAGCCUUAUGACACUUAUGAAGAUGCACGUCUUUUGCACUGAGCCAUACCGUGUACCGAUGGCGGGCAAGUUGGAUUCUUGUUUGUUUGACAAGACGGGUACGCUGACGACGGAUGAACUAGUGGCAGUGGGUGUUUGCGAGCCACACAAGCUUGCCAUUCCAAAGGGUAAAGAAGAAGAUGCCGAUCAACACUUCUUGACACCAAUGAGCAAGCUAUUGAACGAAGCGGGGUUGGUUCUGGCCGGAUGUCAUUCUCUGGUUGUGUACGAUGAUGAGACGACGGGAGACCCUUUGGAAAAAGCGUCUUUAACGUCUAUGCGUUGGCACUUAUCGACGGCAGCGGGCAAGCCAAUCGUGUUGCGAUCUUCUGGCGCGCAAAUCUCGGAAGUGGAAAUUUUGUGUCGUCAUCACUUCAGUUCGAAACUUCAGCGUAUGAGUUGUGUUGUCCGUGCAAAUAGCAAACAGUAUUCGGUUGCCAAGGGCUCGCCAGAAGCUGUUGGACGAUUGCUUGCGAGUAAACCAGACGGGUACGAUCGCCAGUCCGAGUUUCUUGCCAAGCAAGGUUAUCGUGUCAUCGCUCUAGCGUUUAAACCAUUGGUCUCAAACACCGACGUUCAAAACGCUACUGAGACGCGUGCAAUGUGCGAGUCUGACCUGAUUUUUGCGGGGUUUAUCGCUUUCACAUGCAUGGUUCGAAAGGACACAGCGUCGGUGCUGCUUCGACUCAAGGAAGGAGGUAUGAGUGUAGCAAUGGUGACCGGGGAUGCGCUUUUGACUGCUAUUCAUGUAGCAAAAGAACUGUCUAAAUCUUAUCGUCCGAUUGCGUACUUGGAGCUCACCGAAACCGGUAACUUAUUUUGGCGAAGUUAUGACGAUGGGAGCAAAGUGUGUGAAUUUAUUGCAGACGAAAUUCCUUCUCUUUCCAAGGGUUAUGAUCUUGCCACCACCGGUGCUUGCCUGGCAGCGGCGUUGGAACAGGAUAAAGAAAUGUCCAAGGUCCUAGAAUACAUCAAAGUUUUUGCUCGUAUGACGCCUGACGCAAAGGAAACUGUCAUCGAAUGUCUUCACUCGGUCAAUGCCCUUUGCCUUAUGUGUGGAGACGGUGCCAACGACGUUGGAGCGCUGAAACAGGCAGACGUAGGCGUCGCUCUUCUCUCUGGUUUCGGAAAUUUGAAUGUGGAAAAGGCAGAUGAAGGCGAAACAAAGAAAGAUGAGAACAAAGGAGUGCAAUGGGCGCAAUUCCGAGCCAUGAAGGAGUUUUGGAAGGACGAAGUUGAGAACUCGAAAAAAGUCAAGAAGGCACGCGGCGUUGAAGGCUCGGCUGCGACACUGGCGUCUCAGUUCGAGGAUCUCGAUGCAGGUGAUAUUCCUAUGGUCAAGCUCGGAGAUGCCAGUAUUGCUGCUCCAUUCACAAGCAAGAUGCCGAGUAUUCGUAGCUGCGUCGACAUUGUUCGACAAGGUCGGUGUACACUUGUCUCCACGAUCCAGAUGUACCAAAUCAUGGCGCUUCAAUGUCUCAUCAGUUCGUAUUCUCUAUCUGUUCUGUACCUUGAUGGUGUCAAGUAUGGUGACUCCCAAAUGACGGCUAUGGGUCUUCUUGGAUCGGUGUCCUUUAUGUCCGUUUCUCGAUCCAAGCCGCUGGACAAAUUGUCCAAAGUGCGUCCUUUGACGUCCAUCUUCCAUCCUGCAUUAUUCUCUAGCUUGCUUGGGCAAUUUGCUAUUCAUUUAUCGACUAUGCUUUUGGCGGUGUACAACGCCAAAACGCAUUUACCUCCGGAUUACUCUCCCGACCUCGACGGUCUCUUCCAGCCAGGUAUCUUGAAUACGGUCGUCUUUUUGGUCAGCAGUGUCCAACAGGUUUCCGUCUUUGUAGUAAAUCUACAAGGUCGUCCAUUCAUGACGGGCGUGACGGAAAAUACACCACUGCUUUGGAGUCUAGUUGCAACAUUUAUUCUCACAUUUAUGUUUGCGAGCGAGACCGUUCCUGGCCUCAAUAGGUACUUUCAAUUGGUGGCCUUCCCGGAAGAAAGCUUCCGCGACUUUAUUCUCCUCAUUUUGGUGCUGGACCUGUUGGCCUGCUUUGUAUGGGAUCGCAUCAUGCAAUUCCUUUUCGCUCGAGACAUUUUGCUGGCAAGCUUCGAAGGCACUUCUUUCAAGGAUGUUAUGAAGCUAGGACGAACCUUUGCAAUUGUUGGUUUCCUCAUGUACUCUUUCCUUGGAAGCAGUGACCAGUGGGAUGAGUUGUUGGCGAUGGAAGUAGGCGAGAAUUCCACCAAUGCGACGAGUUUGUCGGACGAUAUAUCGUUGAGCCAAACUGUGGCGGAUGCCGUCAAUCGGACUUUGGAUCCCUUCCAUGAAGAGUUUUAGUGCACCGUUAGAGCAGGCCCACUGACGAACAAGUGCGGACCACCAUGCUUUUUCGGGGUAUUCUUUGUAUUUAGAAAAAUGAUUUCGUUCC